AUGUCUUCCGCACAGGAGCACAGCGAAGAGAUGGCUUUUGGAUUUGAUCCAUUUGGCUCACUGCCUCUUGAUCCCGGCUUCGACGAUUUGCCCGGUGGGAUCCAGGACGAAUUCGACAGCGGCAUUGCGUCCCCUGCAUCAAGCGCAUCCGGCGGCGUUCUCCUGUCCGAGACAUUCGACGACGAAGUGCCUGCGGCGAGCACUACAAAACCGCGGGAGCCUUCAGUGACCUUGCCAUCAAAAAUCGGCAGCCGAUUUACUUCUGGCGCGAUCAAAGUCUUGAGGACCUGGUUCGAUAACCAUGAAAGACACCCCUACCCGACGCCGAAAGACAUCGACAGGUUGCAAAACCAGACGGGGUUGGAAAGGCAGCAGAUCACUAACUGGUUCGCCAACACUCGCCGUCGAAGGAAGUUUCGGUCGUACGCCGCGUCCUCCGCGCAAGUCCCGUCGUGGACCGAGACGACAACCGGAGCCGUCGAGAUCCCAACCCGGCGGCCGACGCCGAUGCCUCUGGAGCUCAUGAACCCCAUGCAGCGAUGGGAGCACUCCCCGCCCGAGCACGAGCCCGCACUUUGCACCUUCUGCACGGAGACGUUCAGGACAAAAUACGACUGGCAGCGGCACGAGAAGUCUCUUCACCUCUCGCUCGAAGAGUGGGUUUGCUGUCCAAAUGGUGCUACAGAAGAGCAUCCUGAAAAGGGUGAGAUAUGCGUCUACUGCGAGGAGCCUGGUCCCAGCAAGUCCCAUGUCGACGAACACAACCACGCUGCUUGCUCAGAGCGGCCAUUCCAGGACCGGACGUUCUACCGCAAAGAUCAUCUCCGGCAACAUCUGAAACUCGUACAUGGGUCGAAGCAGAUGACUCCGCUGAUGGAGAAGUGGAAGACGACGAAAAGUAAGAUUCGUUCGAGAUGCGGCUUUUGCGACGCAAAGUUCGAGACCUGGGCAGACAGAGGGGAUCAUCUUGCGGAUCACUUCAAGAAUGGGAGUACGGUGGGAGAUUGGAAGGGAGACUGGGGAUUCGAGCCUUCAGUCUUGGAGAUCCUAGAUAAAGCCAUGCCGCCAUACUUGAUCCAGUUUGAAUUAUGCGGUCCCGUCCCGUUCACCGCGAGCGUCGGGCCAGCCGACACGGCCUCGAGCGCUUACGAGCUCCUCAAGCUUGAAGUGGAGUACUACGUUCGUAACUAUUACGAGAACCGGGACAGCUUGCCAUCCGAUGACGAGCUCAUUCACGAGGGAUGCAGCAUCAUCUUCGGCGCAGAGUUUGUUUCGUCCGCGGCCACUUCUUCUCCGUCGCCUUCCUGGCUCAGGGAUGUUUUCAUGAGUUCGACCGAGAUAACGGCGCGGGCUCGUUUGCGCCCCAUGAACCAGCUGCUUGACAUACGCCUGAGCCAGCUCAAGAUCAACGGGAAGUCCGACAUCUUUGAAGGGUGCCAGCUUGAGUCCCAAUUAUGCCGCCACGUCGGUUUGCAUGAUGGCAUAGGCUUGCCUCUUUCGGAUAAGGAGAUCCAGCAAGAAGCCUGCGCUAUUCUACGCCGCGUUGACGAAUUCUCCGGAAACCCUUCAAGCAGGAGCACGCAGUCGUCAUACGAAGAUAUUGCGGGGGAGCCUCCAAUCGGACUCUCAGAAAACUCUCCCAGUGAAUUAAUGAGCUUUUUCAAUGGGGAUAUGCAGGGUCUGAAGAAGAUGGGAUUUGAAGCGGACGGAGUGCCGCCAUUCUUAGAUUCGAAUGGGGCUCUCCAGACCACUACCUCGCACAAGACCUCUUUGCAAACACCUGCCAUCUUUUCAACCCAAGGCUCCCCAGAAGCUACGGAGGAUUUGUAUUUGCGGCAACAAAUGGCACAAACACUCUUUGCGGGGUCUGGCCAGUCGCUUCAAGAGUACGAACGCCCCCGAGGGAACGGAAUGCCGUUCUUCCUGAACGACCACAACAGAUAUCUGCAUCUUGCAAGGGAGCUGUCUCGCUUCGUGAAGAGCACGAUGUCUCCCAACAACCCUAACUGCCACGUCCCAACUGACGAGGAGAUCAAACACCAGGCUAGGUGGAUUAUUUAUGACGAGUAA